CGCGACUAUGCCAAGAUGGUCCUGCAGGCGCGGAACAAGCACCGGGAGGCGGCCCCCAAGCCGCCCCGCGCCUCGCAGUCGCCGCUGAGGGGAGCCCCGGACGUCGGCGCCGGGGAGCCCGGGCCUGAGCGCGCGCCCCCGUCCCCCGGGCGCAAGGGCGCCGGGGGCAGGAAGGGGCCCCGCGCCGAGCCCUCUGCGCCGCCCGCCGGGGGCGGCCUCGGGGGGCGCCUGGCGGCCGGGCUGCGCGGGGCGCUGGGCCUGCGGCGCGCGGGGCGCGGCCGGACGUGGACCACGCUCCUGCUAGCUGCCUUUGCAGCCGUGUUGCACUGGAGCCAUAUAACACGCCUCUUUGAAAAUGAUCGUCAUUUUUCUCACCUCUCAGCAUUGGAAAGGGAGAUGGCUUUUCGCACUGAAAUGGGACUAUAUUAUUCCUACUUCAAGACUAUUGUGGAAGCACCCUCAUUUUUGAAUGGUGUGUGGAUGAUUAUGAAUGAUAAGCUUACCGAAUACCCCCUUGUUAUCAAUACACUAAAGCGGUUCAAUCUUUAUCCUGAGGUAAUCUUAGCCAGUUGGUACCGGAUUUAUACCAAAAUAAUGGACUUGAUUGGUAUUCAAACCAAGAUAUGUUGGACAGUGACCAGAGGAGAAGGACUCAGUCCUAUUGAAAGCUGUGAAGGAUUGGGAGAUCCAGCUUGUUUUUAUGUGGCUGUAAUUUUUAUUUUAAAUGGACUAAUGAUGGCAUUGUUCUUCAUAUAUGGCACAUAUUUAAGUGGCAGCCGGUUAGGAGGCCUGGUUACAGUGUUAUGCUUCUUUUUCAAUCAUGGAGAGUGUACUCGCGUGAUGUGGACACCACCUCUCCGCGAAAGCUUCUCAUAUCCAUUCCUUGUACUUCAGAUGUUGCUUGUGACUCAUAUUCUCAGGGCUACAAAACUUUAUAAAGGAAGCUUGAUUGCACUCUGCAUUUCCAAUAUAUUUUUCAUACUUCCUUGGCAGUUUGCUCAGUUUGUACUUCUUACUCAGAUUGCAUCAUUGUUUGCAGUAUAUGUUGUGGGGUACAUUGAUAUAUGCAAAUUACAGAAGAUCAUUUAUAUGCACAUGAUUUCUCUUGCACUUUGUUUUGUUUUGAUGUUUGGAAACUCAAUGUUAUUAACUUCAUACUAUGCUUCCUCUUUGGUCAUUAUUUGGGCUGUAUUGGCAAUGAAACCACGUUUGCUGAAAAUAAACGUAUCUGAACUUAGUUUAUGGAUUAUUCAAGGAUGUUUUUGGUUAUUUGGAACUGUCAUACUCAAGUAUUUGACAUCUAAAAUCUUUGGCAUUACAGAUGAUGCUCACAUUGGCAACUUAUUAACAUCAAAAUUCUUCAGUUACAAGGAUUUUGAUACUUUAUUGUACACCUGCGCAGCAGAGUUUGACUUUAUGGAAAAGGAGACUCCAUUGAGGUAUACAAAGACAUUGCUGCUUCCUGUGGUUCUUGUAGUGUUUAUUGCAAUUGUUAGAAAGGUUUUUAAUGAUAUGUGGGGUGCCUUAGCUAAACAACAAACACAUAUAAGAAAGCACCAGUUUGAUCAUGGAGAGCUGGUUUAUCAUGCACUGCAGCUGCUAGCCUAUGCGGCCCUGGGUAUUUUAAUUAUGAGACUAAAACUCUUCUUGACCCCACACAUGUGCGUUAUGGCUUCCUUGAUCUGUUCAAGACAGUUAUUUGGAUGGCUCUUUUGCAAAGCACAUCCUGGUGCUGUUGUUUUUGCUGUAUUAGCAGCAAUGUCAAUACAAGGUUCAGCAAAUCUACAAACCCAGUGGAAUAUCGUUGGAGAGUUUAGCAAUUUGCCUCAAGAGGAACUUAUAGAAUGGAUCAAAUACAGUACUAAACCAGACGCGGUGUUUGCAGGAGCCAUGCCCACGAUGGCUAGUGUUAAACUCUCUGCUCUCCGGCCCGUUGUGAAUCACCCACAUUAUGAAGAUGCAGGGCUGAGGGCCAGAACGAAGAUAGUAUACUCAAUGUAUAGUCGAAAAGCAGCUGAAGAAGUGAAGCAACAGUUGAUCAAGUUGAAAGUCAAUUAUUACAUUCUGGAAGAGUCAUGGUGUAUAAGAAGGUCCAAGCCUGGCUGCAGCAUGCCUGAAAUUUGGGAUGUGGAAGACCCUGCUAAUGCUGGGAAGACUCCCUUAUGUAACCUCUUGGUGAAGGAGUCCAAGCCUCACUUCACCACCGUAUUCCAGAACAGUGUUUACAAAGUCUUAGAAGUUAUAAAAGAAUGACUGCUCGCUGAACUGCUGCCUACACAGAACUCCAUCAGUAAUGGCAGACUAACCUCAUUGUGGAUUGACCUUGAGCCCUUCGUCCUCAGGACUGGUUUCCGGUGUCCACUCCUGGGAGCCAAAGAAGAUCUGUUCUCUUUCUGCCUUCUUACCAGAGCCAGAGGACGAGCCUGGUCAGGGGGAAGCGCUAACUUUCUUACAUUAGGAAGCUGAAAGACAGCUCGUCUGGCUGAGGGGUGUGUCCUUGGUGAGGAACCUCCCCUGUCCCCAGAGCCAGGUCUCCUUCCCUGGAGUCGGCUGGGGAGAUGCUGCCUUUGUUCUCCAGAUUCCCUGUUGCUCUUUUUCAUUUGCCGGUCCACUGGUUGACUUCUUAGGCUUUUGCUGGCUUCAGAAAAUAGGAAGUAGCUGGGGAGUUGUAGAUUAGGAGAGAAAUUUUUGAGCAGCGGUGCAGUAACCCAUCAAAAUGGCAAGAAGGGACUGAGGCUAAGGAGGAUAGGAGGGACUGUUUCCCGCCUUCCUCCGUGUUUGUCGGCAGAUGUGGUAGGGAGACCUAGGACUGUGGUCACCUUUAUCAACCACUGUUUCUCACCCAAAUGUGGCCGAUUGAGUUCACCCAGCACUUAGAUUUUUUUUUUUUAUUAUUAUGGUUUUAAAAUUAUUCUCCAUUUUCCCACCCUCUGAUAAUCCCCUUCCUAAUGAGUUCACAUGUCAUCUAUGGAAAUUCUGUAUUGGAAAAAACAUUCAAAUACUGUUAUAACUGUUUCAUAUGUUGGGAAAGUUAGAAGUUGUCUUUUUUUUUUUUUUUGCGAAGAAUCUUUUUGUAACAGUAUUAAUAUAACUCCACCAGCAAGCUCUGAUGAUAUUUUAGGCAACUCUGUUUCGAACUGAGGCCUCGUGGGUGAACUGCACGCUCAGCCUGGAUCCUAUCUAGUGGCCGCUGGUGCCGUGCUGUUGACUAUAAGUAAUCUUUUAUGGCAACGUGGAGUAGUAGUAGGCUCGAUAUACCUGACAAAACAGUAUUAAGCCUCAGUAUUUUAUGUAUUUUUAGCAUUUAAGAAUACUUUUGCUUUAGUGUGAGGAAAGUUAGGAUGGGCAAGGAGGUGAUAGAAAGAGCUUUUACUGCUGUGACAUUUAAAAAAACAAAGUUGGGGUAGUAUUUCUAUAAAAAGACAAGCCUCUGAAGAGGUAUGGCAAACAAAGUGUGGUGGUAAAGCAGGCCAGAGACAUUAAAGAGAGAAUGAAAAGAUAUAUUGGGAAUAAGGGGUCAUUGCAUAGGAGGAUUGUAUUUUUAUGGAUUUUAUGCCAGUUGUUUACAUGUACUAUAUAUGUUAAAUAAAAAAAGAUCAUGAAAAAUAGAGAAAA